GUGCAACAACGCAAACUUCCUGCAAAAUAGUGCUCCCUAUCAACAGACAAAGCUUUCCGCUUUGGAUUCACAUGGAGAUACCUAAAUGUUAACCUUGUGACUUCCCAACUUCCAUGGGUCGGCAGCGACUCCCCGGGUCCAGAGAGUAGACUGUGACGGCGCGCUGUCUUGUCGGGUGCCUCUCAAGAUGGAUGACUCGCAGGAGCUGCCGGCGAAGAAAGCUAAACUUGACGUUGAGCGAGAACUGGAGAAAGAGCAAAAUAAUUUAGGAGAGGAUGGAAGCCCGAGUGCUGUGCUUGCGCAGUCAGAGCAGGGAAGCACGUACUCCACCAUGUCCAUCUCGCAACUUGGCACACGGGCUGGCGAGGCCGAAGCAGAAAUAGAAGCGGCACCCCAAUUGAACUCUUACACACACUCUGCAUCCGACACGACGGCCGGGUCUGAAUACACGCAGCAGGUGUAUGAAGGAAACAACCCCGCGGUGACAUCAUACGCCAGCUCCGUGUCCUUCCCCCCACUGGCUCAGUCUGCCGUCUACUCUGCUUUCCCACAGACAGGCCAAACGUACGGCCUGCCGCCCUUCGGUGCUAUGUGGCCAGGCAUAAAAACAGAGACAGGUCUGCCAGAGGCGCCCUCUGGUGGCCAGCCUGGGUUUCUCAGCUUCAGUACCACAUAUACCUCAAGCCAGCCAAGCCAGCUGCACUACUCAUACCCCAGCCAAGGCUCCAGUUUCACAACAUCCAGCGUCUACUCCAACAUCCCGUCCGCUACGGCCGCUACCACAGCAUCUAACACAGCGGCGCUACAAGAAUUUAGCGGCUACAACUCUCUUGGACAGAGUCAAUUUUCGCAGUAUUACAGCCUGCCUUCCAGUUACGCGCCCGCGGGUUUGCCCAGUAGUGACGACCACGGAGGCGCAGUGUACUCAGCGGUUAAGUCAGAAGAAGCCGCAUCGGCCGGACUUCCUCCUAGAGAUGCGUCCCCACCCGAGAACCUCCCAGCAGGGGCGGCUCUUCCCACCAGUGUAGCUCAACCGGCUGGAGCCAGAGACCAAGACGAGGUUGGACGCAGGAAUUCGAUGGGAAAGGCAAAAGGAAAGGCUAAAAAGUGUGAUAGUUCACCACCGACUGAAAACGAUUUGGAGCGGAUCUUUCUGUGGGAUCUGGAUGAGACCAUUAUCAUAUUCCACUCGCUGCUCACAGGCUCCUUUGCACAAAAGUUUGGCAAGGACCCCGCGACAAUGCUGAACUUGGGUUUGCAAAUGGAGGAGUUCAUCUUCGAGUUAGCUGACAACCACUUGUUCUUCAAUGAUUUGGAGGAAUGUGACCAAGUCCAUGUUGAUGACGUCGCGUCUGAUGACAACGGACAAGAUCUAAGUAACUACAACUUCCUGGCAGAUGGAUUUAACGGCCCCAGCGGCGGAGGGGCCGCCGGGGCCACCACGGGGGUCCAGGGUGGCGUUGAGUGGAUGCGAAAACUAGCUUUUCGCUACCGUCGCCUAAAAGAGAUUUACAACAGCUAUAAAGGAAAUGUAGGAGGACUUUUGAGUCCAGUGAAAAGAGAGCUGCUUUUACGGCUUCAGUCCGAUAUCGAGAACGUAACCGACUCGUGGCUCAGCACGGCGCUCAAGUCUCUACUGCUCAUCCAGACCAGAGGGAAGUGUGUUAAUGUCUUGGUCACCACCACUCAACUGGUACCAGCGCUGGCUAAAGUUCUGCUCUAUGGAUUAGGAGAUGUCUUCCCCAUAGAGAACAUCUACAGCGCCACAAAAAUAGGGAAAGAAAGUUGCUUCGAGAGGAUAGUCUCUCGCUUCGGGAAGAAAGUCACUUACGUCGUCAUAGGCGACGGACGCGACGAAGAGUUUGCAGCCAAACAGCACAACAUGCCUUUUUGGCGGAUCUCCGCACACGGCGACCUGGUGUCUUUGCACCAAGCGCUGGAACUGGACUUCUUGUAAAAAUAGGAGGCGGCGAUGGCACGGUUUGCAGACGGACGCCCAUCAAGAAUCUGUACCGAGAUGGAGCCGAUUGUGAGGAAUGAACUGGGCCGCUUUCAGCACUCCCUAUUCUUUGGCAGCUAGUCUCGCAGCGCCUCAAAUUUCUACUCAUUCGGACGCGGAAGGGAAGACAGGACUUUUUGUUUUAGAAGAAACAUUUCAGAUUUCAAAAUACCAAAGGGCCUGCACUUUGUGUGUCGGUUUUAGUUUGCGUCGGACAUUUGUUUCUGGGCUCAUUUGCACUCGUUCUGUUUGCACUCAGUUUCAAUGCAUCCAUAAUGUGGUGAACCCCAUUGGCUGCCGUUGACAAUCUGUUUUGACCGAGAGGCCCGCCAGUGAACGAGCAUAUUUCAGUGCCACUGACUGCGAUAGAUGUCCGUUUGGAAUGGGAGAGUUAGCAACCCCUCCCAGUUCAAAUUGAUUGAACGUCUAUUUCAGUCAGUGGCAGUUUAUCAGUGAAUUUGAUUUGACAUUUUCACAAUUUGUGUCAAUUAACCCAUUUGCUGCAGGUGAGUUAAAACAUUAGCUGUGGAUGAGAUAACUCGCAAAAAGGAAGUUAAGUCCUACACAACUUGGGAGGUAACUGCUUCGCAACAUGUGAGUGAACUACUUCGCAACAUGUGAGUGAACUCCUUCGCAACAUGUGAUUGAACUCCUUCGCAACAUGUGAGUUAAGUUAUUCCCAUUGACACGAGUUAUAACUAAUUUGGAACAGGUGAGUUGGCUCCUUCGGAACAGUUCACUCCUUUACUACACGUGUGAGUUAAUAUUGUCGCUUACACGCGAGUUAAACGACUUCGCCAAACGUGAGUUAACUCCUUCUAAACAGGUGAGUAAGCUCAUUCGGAAGAGUCAACACCGUUGCUACACGUUAGUUAACGCCAUUACUACACAUGUGAGUUAAUGCCUUCACUACAAGUGAGUUAACGCCCUCACUUACACAUGAGUUAACGCCCUCGCCACACGCAAGUUUAACGACUUAGCCAAACGUGAGUUAACUCCUUCUAAACAGGUGAGUUAAGCUCAUUCAGAAGAGUCAACACCGUUGCUACACGUGAGUUAACGCCAUUACUACACAUGUGAGUUAAUGCCUUCACUACAAGUGAGUUAACGCCUUCACUUAUACAUUAGUUAACGCCGUCGCCACACGCAAGUUAACAACUUCGCCAAACGUGAGUUAACUCCUUUGCAACACGUGUGAGUUGACGCCUUUACUACACGUGUCAGUUGACGUCUUCAUUACAAGUGAGUUAACGCCUUCACUUACUCGUGAGUUAACUCCUUUGCAACACGUGUGAGUUAACGCCUUUACUACACGUGUCAGUUAAAGCUGUCCCCUACACGCGCAAGUUAAAGCUGUCGCUACACGUGAGUUAACACCUUCGCUGACAUGUGAGUCAAUGCCUUCGCAACACGUGAGUUAACAAGUUCGGCACACGGGACGUAACUACCUCACAAAAGAGACUAAUGUAGAACAGUAAGCUCAUUUGGAACAGUUGAGUUAACGCCUUUGCAACAUGUGAGUUAAGUCGCUUGCAGUUACUUCCUCAGCUCAUUCGGAAGAGUUAACGCUGUUGCCACACUUGAGUUAACACCUUUACUUACACGUGGGUUAACGACGUCGCCACAUGCGAGUUAACUCCUUCGCAAAACCAAGCUAACUCGGAACAGUUGAGUUAACGCCGUCGCCACAUGUAACUGAACUCCUCCACGGAACAGUAAGCUCAUUCGGAACAGUUGAGUUAACUCCUUCGCUACAUGUGUGAGUUAACGCCUUCGCAACAUGUGAGUUAAGUCGUUCGCAGUUACUUCCUCAGCUCAUUCGAAAGAGUUAAUGCCUUCACUUACACGUGGGAUAACGCUGUCGCAACACGCGAGUUAUCUCCUUUACUAGACAUGUGAGUUAACGCCUUCACUACACGCAAGUUAACUCCUUCGCAAAACCAAGCUCAUUUGGAACAGUUGCGUUAACGCCGUCGCCACAGGUGACUUAACUUCUUAACUUCACAAAACGGUUAACUAAUUUGGAACAGUAAGCUCAUUCGGAACAGUUGAGUUAACUCCUUCGCUGCAUGUGUGAGUUAACCCCCACGCUACACUUGAGUUAACGCCUUCGCAACAUGUGAGUUAAGUCCCUCGCAAUUACUUCCUCAGCUCAUUCGGAAGAGUUGAGUUAACACCUUCACUACAUGUGCGAGUUUACGCUGUUGCCACACGGGGGUUAACGCCUUUGCAACAUGUGAGUUAACGCCUUUACUACACACUGAGUCAACUCCUUCGCAAAACCAAGUUCAUUCGUAAGAGUUGAGUGAACGCCAUUGCUACACGUGAGUUAAUGCCUUCGCUGAUAUGUGAGUCAACGCCCUCGCAACACUAUAUUUAACAACUUCGCCACAUGUGACUAAACUCCCUCACAAAACCAAUUUAGAACAGUAAGCUCAUUCGGAAAAGUUGAGUUAACUCCUUUGCUACAUGUGUGAGUUAAAGCCUUCGAAACAUGUGAGUUAAGUCCUUCGCAGUUACUUCCAUUACAACAAGUGAGUCAUCACUUAAGCGACAGACGAGUUUGCUCCUUGGAAACGAGUUAACUCAAUUGCAAUGUUUGCAUUAACUCAUUCUCAAUGAGUGAGUAACUUCAUUUGCAGCAAGUGAGUUAAUUUGUAGUGUGAGAGGUAACUCAUUCACAGCGAGUGAGUUAAUUCACUGGCAGCCCUUCAUCAAAAUGAACUCCACGUCAAUUGCAGCCAAUGAGAAAAACAUUUUCAGGGGUUCACUUUAGUUGCUAUCUUCUUAGUCUGCCUCCCAUGUUGCAUCUGUCACAUUCAAAAUUAACUUAUUUGCAGGAAAGGAAAUAUCGUAACUCAAUCCGAACAAAAAAUCUAACUUUAAUUUAGCAGUGAGAAUCAAAAUUCGUAUUAGAACGAAAAAAAAGGUUUCAACCUGUGGAAAAACGGAAGUCUAAUUUUCAGAUGUUUUCAAAUGUGUUCAUUUGAUGGGGAAAAAUGUUUCUCAUCCUGAAAUCCUCCAAUGUUUGGCUUCCUCAUAUAUAGCACAAGCCCAAGUGUCCUUCUAAAGUGUUCAAAACAAGGACUUCUUUUUUUUUUUCAAUUAGACAAGAAUGUGACCCGUGUAAAUAUUGAUUCAAGUCACAUUUGAUAUUUGCGACGUUUGUUAGAAUUUUUUGGCAGCCUAACACCACUCCCGCCAUUUUAUUUUCCCAGAAAUGUCACGGCAAAAAUCUACUGAGCAAAUGAGCUCAUAAUUGACUCACAUUAAGUGCUUCACUGAUGACACCGAAUGUUAAAUUAUCGUAUAGUUUGGAAUAUAAUCCGCACCAGCCAAACAAUGCACAAUGAAGAGGUAAAAAAACAUUCAUUUUCAUUCAUUCAUCACAACUUCUUAAGUAACAUUUUUGGAAGGCAAUUUUUGAAUUUAUCAGACAACAUGAACAGUUAUUCGGAUAACGUAGCCUAAAAACACAACAAAGCAGGCUAUAGGCACUCAGACUG